UAUAUGUUAUAAGUUAUAACCGUUAUAAAAUUAUGUUUUAUUAAUUUUCCCCUUCUGUGUAACAUAUGUCCAACCCCCCUCUCUCUCACCUUCUAUAAAUAUAUAGACUGUACGCAUAUGUGUUGUGGUAUCGAUUCAGUUACACGUGAUGGAAAAUUUGGAAUGUUUUCGAAAGUGUUCACUUUGAUGAGUUUCAAAUCAAGAAAUGGUGCUUAAAAAUUCAUAGGAAAGUUGAAGAACAUCAAUGGCGUUUUCUUCUUUCUUUGUUGCUGUCAUCAUCCUCUCUUUCCCAUCUUCAAUCUUCCCUUCUCCAGAUGGCCCCCUCUAUGAUUACACUGCUUACACCCAGUGUAAACUGGAACCCGAGGAUCCACUUUACGAUGGAGGAAUUCUGAAAAAUGAAGCUGCAACAAUGGAAUUCAUUACGGAGGGUAACGGGACCAUGGUCUCAUGGCCUGCUUUCGUGUUGUCAAGUCUUGAUCCUUCAACCUUCUACAGUUUUUCCAGUUGGAUUAAGAUCUCCGGUUCAAAUUCAUCAUUGAUUACCGCAAGGCUAUCAACUGGAAAUUCUUGUGUAGGGACAGUUGUUGCACGUCAUGAAUGUUGGUCCUUCCUCAAAGGCGGAUUUUACAUAAAUUCAAAAUCAAAUCCCUCCCUACUCUACUUCCAGAAUUCUGAUGAUAAGGAGAUUACCAUAACAAUUUCUAGUGCAUCUCUGCAACCCUUUACUAAAGAGCAAUGGUCACUUCAACAACAGUACAAGAUCAACACCGAAAGGAAGCGUGCUGUCACAAUUCACGUGUCAGAUAAACAAGGAGCUCGGCUACAAGGGGCAGUGAUCCGUGUGGAACAAGUUUCAAAAGAUUUUCCAUUUGGAUCUGCUAUAAACAAUUACAUCAUUGGAAAUUUACCUUAUCAGAAAUGGUUCGUGGAACGAUUUAAUGCUGCUGUAUUUGAAAACGAGCUCAAAUGGGCUGCAACCGAGCCUAAACAAGGGGUUUACAAUUACACAUUAGCCGAUAAAAUGCUUGAUUUUGUUCGAGCAAACCAAAUUGUUGCUAGAGGUCACAACAUUUUUUGGGAAGACCCAAAAUACAUACCUUCAUGGGUUCUUAACCUAACCGAUCUUGAGCUAGAGCUAGCAGUGAAACAAAGAAUCACAAGCCUAAUGACAAGGGAUGUUAAAUCUACAGUCGACACUUAUAUUUCGAAAAUGAGGGAUUUGCAGAGAUUUGGAGUUUAUAUGGAUGGGAUCGGAUUGGAAAGUCACUUUGAAGUACCGAAUUUGCCUUUGAUGCGAGCCAUUCUUGAUAAAUUUGCAACUUUACAAAUUCCGAUUUGGCUUACUGAAGUUGAUAUCGCAAAUACAUUAGGCCAAGAUACACAGGCGACUUAUUUGGAAGACGUUUUGCGUGAAGGUUUCUCACACCCUUCAGUUAAUGGAAUAAUGUUGUGGUCUGCCUUGAAGCAAAAUGGAAAAUGUUACCAAAUGUGCCUAACUGAUACAAAUUUCAACAAUCUUCCAGCUGGUGAUACUGUCGAUAGGCUUCUAAAAGAAUGGCAAACUGGGGUUAUCAAUAGUCAAACCGACGAACAUGGUACUUUUAGCUUUUAUGGGUUCUUAGGAGAAUACACGGUCAUCGCUAAUUUUAGGGGAAAAACUACAAACUCUACAUUUUCAGUAAGUAAAAGUGAUGAAACAAGACAUUUUAGCAUUCAGAUUUGAAUUAUAAGCAUCAAGUCGCAUGUAUGUGCAUUAAUAGAAACAUGUACCAUACAUAUUCGUUAUGCAUUUGUUUCUUCAUACUAUUGUUUAGUUAAUAGUUAUCCAGAUUGAAAAUUGUUAUAGUUGGUACAAAGUAGUAAGAACAUUGCUAUUAUGGAAAAAGGU